AUGUCUGUGUCUGAUAUGACUGGAAACGAAUCUUACAAUGUGUUAUCAACAGUGGCACCGGAUAAUCAGAGCCCCCGGAUUACAAAGCGAUACCGAUCAGACUAUGUGUACAACUACGAGACAGACGCGUUUUACAAGCUUCAUAUCGAAAGCCGCCGGCGUUGGCAAGUUAAGGAUGUGUGUAAAGUUGAAGGGGCACUACUAAUGACCCCCAACUCUGACCAUGACCUUGUACAGCUACAUUUAAUGUUAAAGCAAUAUCCGGAUCUCGGAGAUUACGUAUGGGUAGCAAACGACGGACGAGCGCAUGAAUCGGCGGAAGAACAGCCAAUAGUUGACUUGAACCCGGCUGCUGUAAGAUCAGUGAGGUGGAGUACAUAUGACAGCAAUGACUGCGAAGUAGCGACACGAAAUGGCGAUGUGAAGACUAUACCGUGCUACAAUUAUUUCCCCUUCAUCUGUAAAGUGAAGGCCUCUGAUGCCCCGUAUGAUCCACGCUGUGGUGCAUAUGGUAAAGAUUAUAAAUGUUUCGAUUCUGUGCGUAGUUGUUACAAAAUACCUCACAUAGUCUAUACUUGGAGCGAGGCCUACUCAGAGUGUCAAGCGGAAGGGGCUCAUCUCGUGGUGCUUAACUCAGAAACGGAGCGAGCGGUGGUGCAGAACUUAACUAUGACAACGCAAUUAGAAAGCGCAAGGACAUCCUGGUUCUUCUUUGCGGGUUUCAGAGCUGAUGAACCACCGCCUGGGCAGGCGACAAAUGCUACGAGAGUCUUUAAAACUGUGUUUAACCAAACAUUGGAAGAAGCAGGUUACCACCCCUGGUCGGACAAUGAACCUAACAACGCAUUAGGCCACGAGUACUGUGGCUCUAUUUUCAAGAACGAUGGCAAGUUGAACGACGUCGACUGUACACAUUUAUACGCCUUCAUUUGCGAGAAAGAAUUUCAGGAGACAUAG